AUGAUCAACGGGCUGCGUUCGAACGGCUCCUCUGGCGCCGCCAGCCUCGUCGGUCCCGCGGCCGACGCGCUCGCCGCGCCGCGCCGCGCCUUCCGCACCACCGCCGAGGUGCGGUCCGCCUUCAUCGACUUUUUCGCGGACAAGGCGGCGCACUCACGGUGGCCGUCGUCGCCGGUGGUGCCGCACGACGACCCGACGCUCCUCUUCAUCAACGCGGGCAUGAACCAGUUCAAGCCCCUCUUCCUCGGCCAGUGCAAGGAGGGGACGGCAAUGUCCAAGCUCAAGCGCGCGGCCAACUCUCAAAAGUGCAUCCGCCUCAGACGGACAAUAGACGUAGCCUCUGGAAUUCUCGAUACCCCACUAUCAUACAUGACAACUUUGACGACUCGCCAACUGGAGCUUCGGCGACUACUUCAGGAGGAGGCCAUUGCGUGGGCGUGGCAGCUGCUCACCGAGGUGUACCGCAUCCCUCCCGAGCGGCUGUACGUCACGUACUUCGAGGGCAACGAGGCGCUGGGCGUGCCGGCGGACACGGAGGCGCGCGACAUCUGGGCAAAGUACGUCCCGCCCGAGCGCAUCCUCGCGGGCAACAUGAAGGACAACUUUUGGGAGAUGGGCGACACGGGCCCGUGCGGCCCCUGCUCCGAGAUCCACUACGACCGCAUCGGAGGGCGCGACGCGUCGCACCUCGUCAACGACGGCUGCGUCGGCCGGAACGGGGAGCCGAUCCCGGCCAAGGGGGCCGUCGUCAAGGGCCACACCGUGGGCGUCCCCGACCCUAACAUGUCCAACUACGACAUCGACGUCUUCGCCGCCCUCUUCAAGGCCAUCCAGGCCGUCGUGCCGGGGCUGCGCGAGUACGCUGGCAAGGUUGGCGAGGACAUGGAGGAUGCGGCAAAGUGGACGGAGGAUGAGCGUGUCGACAUGGCCUUCCGCGUGGUCGCCGACCACAUCCGCACGCUCACCUUUGCGAUCACCGACGGCGCGCAGCCGUCUGCCGAGGGGCGCGGCUACGUGCUGCGCCGGAUCCUGCGCCGCGCGGUGCGGUACGGCGGCGAGAUCCUCAAGGCGAGGCCUUCUCCUCCUCCUCCUCCUCCUCCUCCUCUUCUCAUUCAGUCUUCUAUGACUCCUGUUGGCUUCUUCCACCAGCUCGUCGACGCCGUCGUGGAGCAGUUCGGCGACGCGUUCCCCGAGCUGCGCAAGGACCCAGAGCGCGUCAAGGCGAUCCUCCGCGAGGAGGAGGCCACCUUCUCGCGCACGCUCAAGAACGGGAUCCGCCAGCUCGGCAAGUACUGCGAGAAGCUUCCGGCGGGAGGCACACUCUCGGGCGAGGAGGCGCAAUCUCCCCACAUCUCCCCCACAUCUACAUCCACAUCUACAUCUCCCCCACAUCUCCCCCACAUCUCCCCCACAUCUCCCCCACGUCUCCCCCCCACCCCCGCCCUCCCUCAUCGCCCCCCGUCUCAGGCCUUCAAGAUGUACGACACGUACGGCUUCCCGGUCGACCUCACGUUGCUCAUGUGCGAAGAGAAGGGCCUCACCGUCGACGAGGCGGGGUACGAGGCCGAGAUGGAGCGCGCGAAGAAGCGGUCGCAGGAGGGCGGCUCCUUCUCGCGCGGCGGGUCGGUCGUGCUUGAGGCGGAGCAGACCGUCGCCCUCGCCGAGCGGAUGGGCGUGCCGCGCACGGACGACGCCCCAAAGUGGGUCUGGGACUCGGCCGCAGGGGCGGGCCAGCCGCACGCCAGCACGCUGCGCGCGGCCAUCGACCCGUCAAAGGUCUUCCACGAGUCCGUCACCGCCGAGACGGGGCUCGUCGGUCUCAUCGUCGAGUCGACGCCGUUCUACGCGGAGGCGGGCGGGCAGGUGUGCGACCUCGGCACGCUCACCACCGCCGCGGGCGCAGCCUUCCUCGUGGAGGACGUCCAGAGGUUCGGCGCCUUUGUGACCCACAUCGGACGCGUGACGGCGGGCGAGCUCAAGCCCGGCGACGCGGUGCAGCUCUGCGUCGACUACGGCCGCCGCGCGCCGAUCGCGCAGAACCACACGACGACGCACAUGCUCAACUACGCGCUUCGCGCCGCGCUCGAGCAGGACUGCGACCAGCGCGGCUCCCUCUGCGACGCCGAGAAGCUCCGCUUCGACUUUGCGUACCCCAAGCCGCUCACUGCCGAGCAGCUCGCCGCCGUGCAGGCGCAAGUCAACUCGCAGAUCGGCGCCGACCUCGAGGUGCACACGUCGACGGUCGCGCUCGAGCAGGCGAUGGCGAUCAACGGGCUCCGCGCCGUCUUUGGCCAGCAGUGCCGCACCGCCCACGGGGCUGACCCCGCAUUGGGUUCGAUCCUGCGGAGGCCUGGCGUCGGCCAGAUGGUCGCCGCGCCCGACCAGGGCGAGUGGCGCGGCUACUCGGUCGAGUUUUGCGGCGGGACGCACAUCGCGCGCUCCUCCGAGCCGCAGCGCUUCGUGCUCAUCUCUGAGGAGGGUCUGGGCGGCGGCAACCGGCGGAUCGUGGGGCUGACUGGCGAGCGCGCGGCGGCGGAGGAUUCGCCCGCGACACGUCAAUGA